UCUCCCAAGGGAUUCUUUAAGAAUAGUCUUGAAGUUGGAUAUGUUGAACUUUAGUUGAAUUAUUUAGUUUUACAUAGAUGGUAGUGAUUGAUAAGAGUUGUUGCGUAUAUGGAUACAUCAUUUUACUUUAGUAUUUUUUUAUACUUAUCAUUUCACUUUUAUUAGAUGGAAAAUGAAAAUAAUAUUUGCACCAAGAGUGACGUACCAAGAAGUAAAGCAAUAUGGAAUUCAGAGAGUUUGAAUUUUUUCUUAGACUUCUGUAUCAAAGAGGUUGAUGAUGGGCAUCGUCCUACUACUUAUUUAGAUAAAGUUGGAUAUGUAAACUUGAUUACAAAUAUGAAGAAAGCAACUGGAAGAUAUUACACUAGACCACAAUUGAAAAAUAAGUGGGAUGGAUUAAAAAAUGAAUGGAAGCUUUGGAAGCAACUCAAGGGAAAAGAAACUGGCUUAGGAUGGAAUAUAAAAAAGAAUACAAUUGAUGCAACUGAAGAUUGGUGGAAUAGUAAAUUACAGAGUCAUCCCGAUGCUGCAAAGUUUCGCAUUCGGGGAAUUGAACCAGAGGUAGAGGAAAAAUUAGAUAGGAUUUUCAUGAACACUGUUGCUACAGGAGAGUAUGCUUGGACACCUUCAUCUGGAAUAAUUCCAUCUGAGUCUGAAAAACCUUUUAACAAUAUUGAAACCUUACAUGAACAACUUGAGAGUAGUGACGAUGAUCUAGAGAUGCCUAAUACUGAUAGAUUUCUUAGAGAGAAAAAUAACAACAGAUUAGCCGAGCCACUUGAGAAACAAAAUAAAGCAAUGAAACAUGGAAAAGGAAAAAUGAAGAAGACAGGGCCUUUAAUGAUAUUUGAACAAAUUGGUCGCCUUGCUGAUGCUGUGGAGACAAGGAGUAGAAAUAUUGAAACAGCUAGAAAGGAGAAUAGUAUUACCGAAGUUAUGAAAAUUUUAAAUUCUUUGCCUGGAAUUGAGAAAGGGAGCAGCUUGUAUUUAUUUGCAACUCGCUUGUUUAUCAUGAAAGAGAAGAGAGAGAUGUUUGCUUCAUUGGAAGAACCUGAGUUGAUGCUUACUUGGCUCAAGAAUGAGCAUACUCUGGGAUAAUUAUAAUACUAUGACUUAUAGUAGUAGUAGUAUUUAUUUUCUAAACUUUGUGUUAUGACGUUAGUAUAUGUUUAUUAUGUUAUUUCUUUACAGACUUUUUUUUAAAUUGCUCUCAAGACUUGGUGUUGUCACUAUUUAAUAUAAAUAUGCUUUAUUAUGUUUU